AUGGAGCCUUCCAACAAGAAACGACGUCUCGCACCCAAAGUCCCGGAGCAAUCUACCCAAGAACAAUCGCCUCAAGCUAGGUACGAUUAUAAAGCUAUGCCAAAUUUACAAGAGCCCGCACCUUCGAACGAGCGGAGCGACUUCGAGUCUUUCGCCCGUCAUUUACAAGAUGCAGCAAUGCUUAUCUAUGCGCAAGCGAAUCGAUCUCCAUAUAAGGGUGUUACAGUACUUCUAUUAAGAUGGGAAGAAGAUUUGAGUGUCGAGGAAGAUCUUGUGCUCCUACAGAAGGUUUUCCAUGAACGCUUCAAUUUUCAUACCGAGUCUUGGAAUAUUCCAAGUGGCCCAAAUCCUAACAUUAAACUUGUCAAGCAACUUGCCCACCACAUUGAGUUGACUGCGCCUGAUAAUCUCUUAAUUGUCUACUAUGCAGGGUAUGGGUUUGUAGGUUUGGAUCAUCAAUUAUAUUGGGCCUGCAAUCCGCAAGAAGAAGCUCCAAAAUUUAAGUGGGAAGGUAUUAAAUAUUUGCUCGAGGACGCGCAACCCGAUGUUCUACUCUUACUUGAUUCUUGCGCUACUACGGAUUCAUCCGUUGCAGGAAGUCAGGGUAUUAAGCAGGGUAUUGCUGCAUAUAGUCCAGACCAAGCCACACGUGAAUCAGGAACACGAUCAUUCACAUAUCACUUGUCGGAAGCUCUUAAUAAACUUGGUACUGGCCGUCCUUUCAGUACGCAACGGCUUCAUGAGGAGAUCAUCUCACAAAAGCACACUGGUUUCCUGGCACAUACUGGACUUACAAAUGGAGCAGGAAAGGCAGCUUCGGCCAACGAGCGAAUGCCGGUGUCUUUUUCCUUGACCCCUGGAUCACUGCAAAGCAUCUCACUAUCCCCUCUCAGCCAGGAGGUGAGACCAAGCACAUCGAUGGGAUCGCCAGCAGAUUCGUCAGAAAAUAAUGCCCAAGGAUCAAGUACUGAAGAACCAAUCAAGGCCAACUCAAAUUCUGAUCUAACCUUUGAAGAAGUCAGAGCAUUGGUUUGUACGACUUUCGUUGGAGAGCCGAGUAAAGAUAUGGCAUCUUUCAAGCAGUGGCUUCAUAAUACUCCUUUGGCAGCAUCAAAAAUCGCAGUUGAAGGCAUGUUUCACGGACCACCCACCAUUCUCCUUGUUUCUAUGCCAAUUGCGGUGUGGAACGUUUUGGCCGCCGAAGGAAUUUGCUUGUUCUUGGGUUAUAUCAAUUCUCACAACAUGACAACGGAUUAUCAACAUCUGAUUGGAGCAAUUUCCCCUGUCAGCAAGGCCGCAACAUCCAAGGAAUUAGAAGAUGGUAAAAUCCUACUUGAAGCUCGUGAGGCUGCAGCAUCUACACCUUUGAUGACAAGACAUGAACCCGCUCAGCAAGAACCACCUAGACAACAAGAGAUCGUUCAUCAAACACCCUCUCGACCAGAACCUUUGAGACAAGAUCCAAUCAAUUCUACUCCUCAAUCAAUCCCUCAAGUAUUAUAUCCUGAUACAGGUGCAUCGAAUCUCGUUGAGCAUACAGAUGACGUCGAAACCUCUGUCGAGAUGCAUGAAGCAGCCGAACAACUCAAGGCUUUGAGUCAUGUACGGCAUGUCAGUCAUGAUAAUCUGACUCCAAAUGACCGAAAUCACUCGCACAUAACGUCCGAAGAUUCGCCGGGACUCAGAAGUGGUCGGGAAGAAUCCGCUUCAUCGCAAGACCAAGGUGAAUCUGGAGCAGAAGAUCAAAUUUACAACUCAGAGUUCAAUUCGCCUGCUUCCAGACCUAAACCCCGAAGAUCAUCACAAAAGCAAGGCCCUAAGCAAGACACUCGAUGCUCAAUGUGCAGUCAUACCCCAUUCAAAGAUUCAUCUUCCUUGCGAAAACAUAUUGCUGCUGCACAUACAAGACCAUUCCCAUGCGCUUUCUCCUUUGCGGGAUGCACAAGUACAUUCGGCUCUAAGAACGAGUGGAAACGCCACAUUGCUUCUCAACAUCUUUGCUUGACGUAUUAUCGCUGUUCUUCUUGUCCCCCAGCCACUGCGGAAGGUAAAGGCAAUGAAUUUAAUCGCAAGGAUCUCUUUACCCAACAUCUCCGACGCAUGCAUGCGCCCUUUGCUAUCAAGAAGGCUCUUGCCAAAGGCGACUCCAAGCUUCAAGUAGAGUGGGAAACUCAUGUCAAGGAAAUGCAAGCUUCGUGUUUGGUAACUAGAAGGCAACCACCUCAAAGAUCCGCAUGCCCUAAAGCGGAUUGCUCAAAUUUGUUUGAGGGUGCGGGUAGUUGGGAUGACUGGACUGAACAUGUAGGUAGGCAUAUGGAAAAAGGAGAAGCAAAUAGAUUAGGUGUUGAUAAGUUUUUGGCGAGAUGGGCACUGGAUGAAGCUAUUAUUGAACCUAAGGGAGAUGGAUCUAAUGAAUACAGGUUGUGUGGUACAGAGAGAGAAGGUGGUGGUAUAUUAUCUGCUAAUGGAAAUGCAAGCGGUUACUAUUCAGAUGGUGGUGGAAAGAAGGAAAUGGACGGCCCGAAAGAUGGAAUGGAAAGCCUCAUGGGCUUGACAGGCGAUAGUAUGGUCAUUGACGGUUGA